AUGUUUCUCACAAGGACGGAGUAUGAUAGAGGAGUGAACACUUUCUCUCCAGAAGGAAGAUUGUUUCAGGUUGAAUAUGCUAUUGAAGCCAUCAAGCUUGGUUCAACUGCAAUUGGUUUAAAGACGAAAGAAGGGGUUGUGCUUGCAGUUGAGAAGCGUAUCACUUCACCUCUGCUGGAGCCAAGUAGUGUGGAGAAAGUCAUGGAAAUUGAUGAACAUAUUGGAUGUGCUAUGAGUGGAUUGAUUGCCGAUGCUCGUACACUUGUUGAGCAUGCACGGGUCGAAACUCAGAACCAUAGAUUCUCAUAUGGUGAGCCUAUGACAGUUGAGUCUACAACACAAGCACUCUGUGAUUUGGCCCUGCGAUUUGGUGAAGGUGAUGAAGAAUCCAUGUCUCGGCCAUUUGGGGUGUCUCUUCUCAUUGCUGGUCACGACGAGCAUGGACCCAGCUUGUAUUACACAGAUCCAUCUGGCACAUUUUGGCAGUGCAAUGCAAAGGCUAUUGGUUCAGGUUCAGAAGGUGCAGACAGCACUCUGCAGGAGCAAUAUAACAAGGACCUGACUCUUAAAGAAGCUGAGACAAUCGCUCUUUCUAUUCUAAAGCAAGUAAUGGAAGAAAAGGUGACUCCCAACAACGUCGACAUUGCCAAGGUGGCACCUACUUACCAUUUAUACACCCCUGCUGAGGUGGAGGAAGUCAUUAGCCGCCUUUGA